AUGACUACUGAACCUCGCACCAUCGUGCUCAUUACCGGGGCCAAUCAAGGGAUUGGCUACGCAGUAGCCCAGGGCCUUCUUGCUUACAAGAGCUACUUCAUUCUACUUGGCUCUCGCGACGCCUCGCGCGGUGCCAAGGCGGCAAAUGAGCUCGAUCCUACCGGUGAAUUCAUCCAGUCCAUCACCAUCGACGUGGCAGACGAUGCAUCGAUACAGCAAGCAGCCGACCUGGUGGAAUCCAAGUACGGCCGACUAGAUGUCCUAAUCAACAAUGCGGGCAUCAACACCGAGAUCGAUAUCAUGAUCGAGCAACAUAAGAAGCAACGGGAAGAGGGUGCAUCUCAGCCUGGCAAAGUUGAUCUUGCUCAGCAGCGCAAGUUGUUCCGGGACGUAUACGACGUCAAUCUCUUCGGCGCGGCAAUGGUCACUGAGGCAUUCACACCACUUUUGGAAAAAUCCACGUCUGCCCCAGCCCGCAUUGUCUUUGUGUCUUCGCACACGGGGUCCUUGGGUCUGCGAGUUGAUUCUUUGGGCGCUGAAUAUGCAAAGUGGUCUCGUCCUUCAUUCCCGGUUUACCGCAGUAGCAAGGCGGCUUUAAACAUGUUGACUUUGCAUUAUGCGGCCAAAUUUAAUGACAAGGGGUGGAAGGUGAAUGGGUCAUGUCCGAACUUGACGGAUACCAACUUUGCGCGUGGGUGGGUGAAAGGUAGACCUGCCUCGGAGUCUGCGGUGAACAUUGUGAGACUGGCAACUCUUUCGACUGAUGGAGAGUCGGGAGUAUACUCUGAUGAGAAUGGGGUUGUGCCUUGGUAG